AUGGAGAUCCUGGCCCGGCUGCCGGCCAAGUCCGUGGGCCACUGCCGCUGCUUGUCCCGCGCGUGGCGCGCCAUGCUCUCAUCGGACUACUUCGUGGACCUGCACGCGUGGCAUGCCAACAAGCCGGGACACCCUCAGCUGCUCCUCUCCCCGGUAGGGUCCUCCUACGACGGCUACAUCUAUUCAUGGCGGCCCAGUGGCAGUGGCGCGGUCGAGAAGCUCAUGCGCGAUGAUUUUGGGGGAGGAGAGACCGUGCCCCUCACCAAGCCCUGCCGCGGCCUGGUUCUAAUCCGGGCGACUGACGGUGGUGGUUACUUCGUGUGCAACCCUUCCACGGGCGAGUCCCUCGCUCUCCCCGACAGCGAGGCGCCGUUGAAGAUGACUUUUCGAAGAGACGGCCUAGAAUUACCCUUCUACCGAAGGGAUAUGGCCUUGGUUACUGCGCAAUGA